UCAUUAGUAAACUACAUGCUCAUUCGUCAACUGCGCUGGAGGCGGGACUUGGCGGUUGGCGUACCUGUGUACCCUGGUAAUUUGUCCGUGUUGCUUUUGAUGAAUCGAGUGAAAAUGUUGCGCAAGUUAUCGUCUCCAGCGGCAUUUCAUGUUGUAGCGUGGAUCAACAAGGGGGAAUGGGACCAGGUGCUAGAGUAUUUAUAUUGCCAAGACUGCAAUCUGCAGAAGUACGCAUUGGAGAGGAUUUCCGCUUGGAAGGGCAGGUAUGGGAGCAGCACCCCAAUAGCUGUGGAGAGUACAGCAGAUCUAGUUCGCUGUCAGGUCAUUGACUCCUGUGGACAGGUUGCACCUGAGGAGUUGGUACUUCUGUAUGGUAUGGCAUUAGUUAGGUUUGUUAAUUUAAUUACAGAACCAAAACAGAAGAUGGUGACUAUCCCACUGCGACGGUUGGCACGUGAGAUGAACAUCCCAGAAUGGAUUGUAAAUCUACGGCACCAACUCACACAUGGAAGGCUUCCAACACUGAACUGGUGCAGAAAAGGUUGUGAAUUUGUCCUUGACUGGCUGCGGAAAGAGUACUGGUCUCGACAGCUGGGCAGCAUUCCAAGUGAAUAUUGUGAGUUAGGGUCUGAUGAAGCAGAUGUGAAAGAAGAAGAAGAAGAGAUGGCAGAAACAAAUGAAGAAGAAAACAAAGAGAAGUUUGUGAGAGCACAGGAGUUGCUGGUUUCUUAUGAACGAGAGCGGUUUCAGGUCCUUGAAGAACAACAGAAGACAAACAAGACUAAAAAUAAUGGGGCAUCAUCUGAACUGGAAUGGACUAUGAUGCAAAUCAAGUACUUUGCAGCCGAGGACAGAUCUAUUAUGAUUGAUGUAUUGUUGUCUGAUGGAUUUUUGAUCCCUACCACUGAACAGCUGGAUUCAUUAGAUAUUGAACCUUUAGAAAAUGAAUUGGGAGCAGUUCCAUCAAUCCCUUCUACUUUUCUACGAUUUUGGCAGCCUUUGUUCAGACUUCUGCAGUCUCGGGGUUUUGUCUCUAUGCUACUUCAGAAACUCUUCUGUGAACUGCAGCAGUGCUGUGAAGCCACAGAAAUCAGAACGCAGUACAUUGUGGGCUGGAUCAAUGAAAUUAUUAUUUGCAUUCAGAAGAUCGAACAUACACCAAAGGGUACCUGCCGUGGUCAGAAGGACACAACAUCAAAGAGGGAUAUAAUAACGUGCAGAUUUCGCUUAGACUGGUGGCAGCUGCUGAGAAUGUGCCUUGCAGCUCCUUGCCCGGCCACACCUGUACUACUUCAGCUAAUCCUUACAGAGAUCAAAGAUCCAUUACCAUUGGACACAAAGCAAAAGCUUAUCCACCUCUGCUCAAUCUACACUCAGACUGGAGACAGUGGCAUGUGUUCUCCUUCCGACAGCGAUGAUCAGGAGGAGUGCAUCUACACCCUGGAGAGCCUUCAGAGGUCCAUGAAACAAGAGCUACCGCAUGCUGAUGACAACCUGGAAGCUGAGCAAUCUGACCAGGAAAGCUGGUUCAGUUCAACACAGCCACAAGCAUCCGUUUCAGAAAGGCUGACUCCAGAGGUUGUUGCUGAGCGGAUGAACGCUCUUAAGGGCUCACCAUGGCAGAUAUGCACAGACUCUGUGAAGUGGGAAGAAUAUCCAUUAGGGAAAAUACCUGGACAAUCUGAUGACCCUAGCUGCCUAAUGGUGGACAGUUAUUCUACAAUGUCAGUGAUGGACCAGUCAUUGGACCUAGGCAGAAUAGCCUCGCACAGUACAGGCAUGGGGAACUCGAUACAGAAGAGUGCCACACCUGAGGGACUGCGCUGGACACAAAGUGACUUGCACAGACUUAAAUCCAGCUUGCAGCUUUUCUAAUAACGUCGUGCAAGACUGUGAGAAAAGGGCUGCCCAGGUGAACAUCCUUGUAGGGAGAAGCUUCUCUGCACGUCCUGUGUUGGACUUCAUCUUUGUUCUGUACCCCAUUAAAGGGUCGAGCUGGUGCCUCUCACACACCCCUGCGCAGUGUUACUUUACAAAUGUGAAAUCCCUGGUUGGACUCGUACAAGCACAUGAAGUCUGUCAUGGCCGCUGCAUCACUUCCGAGUGGCUGUUUCUCAAUCUGCUCAUCACUACAUGAGGUCAAACCUUUUUUUUUUUUUAUCACAUGCAUUGAAAUAAAAUAAUUUUAGAACGUUG